AUGGCUUUUGCUGAUCUUCUGUUGGGAAGUGUGUGUCUACCUAUAUCUAUUUUUACCCUUGUGACUUACCAACAGUUAUCGCAGGAAAGAUCUCCCGUUUUUCUUAAAAUGAUUAUUGUUGUUUUCGCGCAGGCCUCUUUUAUUUCUGCUGCUUUGAUAUCUGCGGAGAGAUUUUACGCCAUCUAUUGGCCGCUGAAGCAGCGAACACUUUCUACGCGAGCAUACAGGCUUGUUAUUUUAACGGUGUGGUUAUUGGCUAUCCUUGGUUCUAUUUCGACAUUUUUUCUACUAAAAUCCUUAAGCGUCGUGGAUUUGUAUUUUUUACUGUGUUUAUACGGCUUUUCUAUUGUUCUGACUAUCUGCGGCCUGAACAUCGGUAUUUGGAGAAAGUUUCAGCAAAAAACUGUUCCUCAUCACCAAAACAGAGCCUUUCAAAACAGACGCCUAACAAAGACCUUAUUAUUUGCAUCUCUUAUCGCCUCGGGUUCCUGGAUCCCUACAAUUGUUUAUAACCUGAUUGUCUUUCUUGGGUACAAAAUAACUAACAACAUUUCCUGGUGA